AUGGACCAUACAACGUUUAAUAAGAUCGAAGGAAUGCGCCCUCCCCGCGCCGAGGGCUUCGCUUCCGCCCCUCUGAGAAAUACCCGAGAUAAGAGAGACGUUUUGGCGCCAUUCACGUUUAUGACGAGGCAAAUGGCCCUAGGAUAUUGUGUACUUGCUUAUUAUAAACAAGUCUUCCACCCAAUGUUUGAAAGGAAAACGAGAAAAACCCCAUUGAUGCGGGAGAACUCGAAAUUCAACUUGGAACGCAACAAUGCAAAGUUGGCUCGCAUGACCGAAGUUCACGUCAAAGAAAGCUUCGCGCGCUCAUGUAAUAGCUGUCCCACCGAAGCCCAUUUCAUUACGGAGCCUUCGGGACGACGCAUCGAGAACGAUUUGUUCGAGACGUUUAGCCGAAAACUGCCCUUCUCCAUCCGAACUGAAUCAAGUCGGGCGAUUAGCAUAAACCCGACCGCCUUGUGCGACUGUACGGGUCGAGGGAAGCUCGAUUCACUCGCGAGUGCGGCGCUACCGUCUUGUGGUGCGAGUUUAUCUCGCGAGGAGGCGAGCCGGGGCAGGGAACGAGCAUCUGGAGCGGUAAUUAAGCGCAUCUGCCUACGUUCAAUUUCGAAACGCGGCGGAUUCGUGAGCGUGAAGAGGUGGGUGCGGCUCGAUGAGCGGCUGUCGCUGCGCAGGAGUAUGCUGGUGCACCUCUUGGUUCUUAGUACCGCACUAGCGGCGGCGACCAGCGGAAAACACGGAGGUGUGGAAGUACCAGAGUUCGGGGAGCCAAUCACGAACUUGACAGUCCCCAUCGGCAGAGACGCGACGUUCAAGUGUAUUGUCGUCAAUUUGGGCAAUUACCGAGUGGGCUGGGUGAAAGCAGACACGAAGGCCAUUCAAGCGAUCCACGAGCACGUAAUCACCCACAACCAUAGAGUGUCGGUUUCGCACGCAGACCACUCCACCUGGUACCUACAUAUCAAGAACGUGCAAGAGGAAGACCGGGGACAGUACAUGUGCCAGAUUAACACUGAUCCUAUGAAAAGCCAAAUGGGGUACUUAGAAGUAGUGAUACCACCGGACUUCAUACCGGAAGAGACUUCGGGGGAUACCAUGGUACCGGAAGGAGGGACAGCGAGGGUGUCAUGUAGGGCUCGGGGCAUCCCUCCGCCCAGGGUCAUGUGGAAGAGAGAAGAUGGACAGGAAAUUGUCGUUAGAGAUCACACUGGAAUAAAAACGAAAGUUCUGACGUACCAGGGCGAGGUCCUGAAGCUGACCAAGAUAUCGCGUUCAGAAAUGGGCACAUACUUGUGUAUCGCCGGUAAUGGAGUGCCACCCACCGUCAGUAAGAGGAUCCACAUUAGUGUUCACUUUCACCCAGUGAUCCAAGUGCCGAAUCAGCUCGUGGGCGCGCCUCUGGGAACUGACGUGACGCUCGAAUGCUACGUGGAGUCUUCGCCUAAAUCCAUCAACUACUGGGUCAAGGAUCCAGGUGAAUUGAUUAUACCAUCUGAGCACCACGAGAUGACUGUCAGGCAGAAGUCCACGUUCGAGGCCGAAAUGUCCAUGACCAUCAAGAACAUUAGGAGGGAAGACCUCGGCAGUUACAUCUGUGUCGCGAAAAACUCCCUCGGCGAUGUCGAGAGCAAGAUUCGGCUGUACGAAAUCCCAGGAAACGAUAGACAUAUCUUUAACGACCCGGACGACAGGACGACUUCGGACGAGGAGUACGGAACGGAAAUAUACGACGAAGACUUUGAGAACAAAGUGGACGAGAAAAGCAAUCGCGUCCCCGAUCGCGCCAACAAAUGGUACGCAAACGAAGGUAAAAUAAUCCUAACGACGGCCAACGCCGCCUCCGUUUAUCCUGCGUCGCUGACAAUUACGACUAUCGUCUUGCGCCUAAUUAAACUGCUCUAA